AUGAAAGCAAGCAAGAAGAAAACUAAAGAAUUUGUCAAGCAUUCACCGGCUGAAGCUCUGAUUCUUUUUGUUAAUAUGGGAUUGACAAAGAAACAGUACGACAUAUUACGAGAGUCUAAUCCCAAUAUAUAUCCGUGCUACUCCAUAAUUAAAGAAGCAAAGAAAAUGUGCAGAAGGGAGGUGUUUGAUCACUUUGUUCAGAACGAAAUAGGACAUAUUGAGUUAAUCACGAAAUGGGGUUGUGAUGCCUCACAACAAUCGCAGUUUCAACAGAAGUUUAAUGAUGUAACAAGUGAUGACUCGAAUAUUUUCCAAAGUUCCAUGGUGCCCCUAAGACUGCAAGUCAAUACUGACAAUUACACGAAAAUCAUGUGGCAAAAUCCGACACCAUCUUCAGUAAGAUUCUGUCGGCCUAUUCGUAUUAGAUUCCUCCACGAAACCGUUGAUGUCACAAAAGAGGAAAUAAAUUAUAUGGAAAACCAAGUAAAGAAUUUGCGAAAAACGGAAGUCCAAACCUGUAAUGGAGUGAUACAGGUUAAACAUACGAUGAUACCUACAAUGGUUGACGGCAAAGUUUGCAAUUCCUCUACAAAUACAAGCUCUACAAUGAAAUGUUACAUUUGUGGAAAAACUUCGAAAAUUUUUAACGACUUUCAAAACAAAAAUGUCGAAAAUCCAGAAGCCCUGAGAUUCGGACUUUCUAUUCUUCAUGCGAGAAUAAGGCUAUUUGAUACCCUUCUUCAUAUUGCCUAUAAACUCCCACUGAAGAAGUGGCAAGCCAGAACACCAGAGGAGAAAUUGAUUGUUAAGAAAACGAAACAAAAAAUUCAAAGGGAAUUUAAAGACCGAACAAGAUUAAUAAUUGACAUGCCCAAGGCAGGUUUCGGUAACUUAAACUCUGGAAACACUCUAGACGAUUUUUCAGUGAUAAUGAAACAGCUGCAAAUAUCACAGGUAUAG